AUGGGUACGAUAGCAAUUCACCUAAAUUCCUGGCCGGCCUUUCUUUUCCGCCGGCCGGCGUCUCGUCCCAAGGCCGAGCAAAAGCCAGCAGCCGGGGCCGGGGCCGGGGCCGGGGCUCGCACCCUCGCCACUCGUCCAGGGAGAAAGGCUCCGGGGCGAGGGCCCUCCACGCCGCUUGCGUCAAUGUGGUUUUACGCGGAACGGAGCGCGGGCAAGUGGGUGGGUGGAAGCUCGUCCACUAUUCUCUGUCUUACGACCCUCGUUAGCCCGGAGGCCGGAGGCGAACAAGUGCCAGGCGUAGGAGAGGAGAGGGGUCGGGUCCGUCUGUGGGCAAAUGGAUGUUUAUAUCACCGAGGUGUGUGUUCGGGGCUGUAUGGAUUGAUGGAUGGAUGGGUGGAUGGAGGAGAGAGAAGACAUAAAAAUAUGAUUUACCAGCGAUGUGCACAUGUGUGGUUAAAAAGUGCUGUUAUUUUACCUCAAACAGGUGCAGGACUUUUUCCACGCGGACUGCCGCUGGACAAGGACCAUCGCUGCACCCUGAGAGCUGGGGGCGACGGCGGGGUUGCGCUCGUGGGCUCGCGUGCCCGGGCGCACCCCGGCGCGGGUCGGCGCGGCGCGGCGCGGCGGCGCGGCCAUCUCCACGCGCCGGAGGCUGGCAGCCCGCGCCCAGCGCUCCACAAAUGCGAAGGCCGACUCGAGCGGCGAGGAGAGACGCGCGGAGGGCAGUGGCGGCGGCGGAGACGGCGGCGACGGCCAGCUGGGCGCGAGGAUGGUCGAAACGCUGCGUCCGUGGAGACAAGACGAGCAGAUUGUAUUCAGCGCUCUACUACUGAGAAAGCAACAACUGUCAACCGACGAAAGCAACAAACUCCAAAAAGGCCUUACGACUCCAUCGUGCGACUUAAUGAACGUCGCCUUCGGCGUUUCACUCGCCCAGCGAACCUCUGCUCGAGGCGCAAGGACGCGCUGCAGAAGUGCACAUGCCACGGCGCACGCGACGCGUGGCGGGGUGGGGGAGAAGGAGGGGGUGAAUGGGGGGGGGAGGUGUCAAGUCCCCGGGAGCCGCAGAGAUGUUCUCGGAGAGUCAACGUUGUUGAUUGUGCGUGA